CUCGUCCUAAAGCCUCCACCUUUCACGGUUUCACGUAUUAGUUUGCUGAGUGGCUAUUUUGCUCUUUCUCCUUUCCUUUUCUGUUGACAGAAAGCUCGGAAUUAUAGGGACCCUCAAUACGACGCCGUGUAAUCUCUCUGUGAUUCCACGAAUCUUCCCCUCAUCGUCGUCGAUGGCGACCCCGCCUUCUUCUGGGCCUCCCUCAUCUUCCGCAUCGUCUUCCCAAUUCACAUAUUCCAAUGGCUCCUCGUACUUUCCCCUCCCUUUUCACCUACAGCAAUCUCCUGCCGUCUCCCAAUAUCCGGCCCCUUACGCCGCCGCUCCGCCCUCUGUGCAGCCGGUCCCGAUUCCGGCACCGCCCGUCGUAUAUCCAGCUUCGGCUCCUGUUGCCGGCGUCUACACUCUCCCUCAGUACCAGCAGGCCCAGCAAUUGUUUCAAAGGGAUGCACAGACUAUUACACCAGAAGCUCUAGAGAGUGUCAAAGCAGCACUUGCAAACAGUGAAAUUGAACACAAAGCAGAAGCCAAGAAAAAAGCAGUCCCUCGUAAAGCUGCUGGGCAAUCUUGGGAAGAUCCCACUCUUGCUGAAUGGCCAGAAAAUGACUAUCGCUUAUUCUGUGGUGAUCUCGGUAAUGAGGUGAAUGAUGAUGUUCUUUCAAAAGCUUUUUCUCGAUUUCCUUCCUUUAACAUGGCUAGAGUUGUCAGAGAUAAGAGGACUGGCAAAACCAAGGGCUAUGGAUUUGUUAGCUUUGCCAACCCUUCUGACCUUGCUGCAGCACUUAAAGAAAUGAAUGGUAAGUAUGUAGGAAAUCGGCCUAUCAAACUACGCAAGAGCAAUUGGAGGGAGAGAACUGAUUUUGAAGCCGUAGAAAGACAAAAGAACAACACACAUAAGAAACCGAAGCUAUCCAAGAAGAGCAUAUUUCACAAGUGAUGAUGGUGGAAGGCAAAAGCAAAUUGUUUUUCCUUUGUAUCUUUUGCUUUCAAUUUCUCUUGUUAUGUUGUUCAAGCAGUUGUAGUAGUGCGAAACAAUGUUAAAAAUGUCAAUGGAUGAUAAGCAGCUUAAAAGGUU